UCUCCAGGCAAUCGGAAAAAAAAACCCGAAAGCUUCGAUUUUGAGCCAUAUAAAACGUCUCCCAUGGUUAAAGAAGAAGACUUUAAGCUGUAAUAACUAGAGAAUGGCUUCUGUCUCCACAUGCUUAAUCAUCUCCCCUAGGCUAACUCCACCCCUCUUCUCACCAAAGCACAAGCCUUUGACUCGCCUCAGAUCUCCUCUCGAUCAUCAUCACUCCUUCCCCAGAAUAUUCACCAGCCGUAGAAUCUUGGCGGUUAAGGCGGCGAGUAUAGACAAGGUAAUCAAACCGGGAGGACUCGUGGAGAGCGACAAGUUACCUACAGAUGUUCGAAAACGAGCAAUGGAAGCUGUGGACGAGUGUGGUCUGAGAGUCACCGUCGGUGACGUGGCGAGCAGAGCGGGGUUGAAAGUCACCGAAGCUCAGAAAGCGCUUCAAGCUCUCGCGGCUGAUACUGAUGGGUUUCUCGAGGUAUCGGAUGAAGGUGAUGUGCUUUAUGUUUUCCCAAGGGACUAUCGGUCUAAGUUGGCUACCAAGUCGUUACGGAUACAGAUUGAACCUUUUCUUGAUAAAGCUAAGGGUGCUGUGGACUAUUUGACACGUGUUACGUUUGGGACGGCGCUUAUUGCGUCUAUUGUUAUCGUCUACACUUCAAUUAUACUCUUGCUUUCAAGCAGAAGCGAGGAUGAUAAUCGUCAAAGGAGACGUGGGCGUGGAUAUGAUUCUGGAUUCAAUUUCUACUUCAGCCCUGUUGAUCUGUUUUGGUACUGGGAUCCAAAUUAUUACAGAAGGAGACGAGCUCGUGAAGAUGAGGGAAAGGGAAUGAAUUUCAUUGAAUCUGUUUUCUCCUUUGUGUUUGGAGAUGGAGAUCCUAAUCAAGGAAUUGAAGAAGAGAGGUGGCAGAUGAUUGGGAGGUAUAUAACUGCUAGAGGAGGUGUUGUUGCAGCUGACGAACUUGCUCCAUACCUUGAUCUGCCAUCUUCCAAGAGUUCUACGAGCGAUGAAUCCUACAUUCUUCCUGUUCUUCUUCGGUUUGAUGGUCAACCUGAGUUGGAUGAAGAGGGAAACAUACUGUAUCGCUUUCCGUCGCUGCAACGCACAGCUUCUGGAUCUAGUAGACGAAAGGAAUACGUGGGGAAAUGGUUUGACUUUGUUGCAGAUAUGGACAAGUUUUUCAAGGAGAAGAAAUGGCAAUUCAGUAAAGCAAGUUCGACAGAGAGAGCAAUGGUCAUUGGCCUAGGCGCUGUUAACCUCUUUGGUGUUAUUGUUCUAAACACCCUCCUAAAGGAGAUGGCUUUCAGACCAAGUGGAUUUAUUACAUUUGUUAAAAACAUAUAUCCACUACUACAGGUAUACGCAGGUUCAUUCUUUGUGAUCCCUUUGGUUCGGUGGCUUUCAGUGAAGAGGAAAAAUGAUCAGAUAGAGAGUAGAAACAAAGCUCGGCUGCAGUUUGCACGAGCGCUUGAAUCUCCAGAUAUCACACUACGCCGUAAGCUGCUGAGCGCAAGGGAUAUGGCUCAGAAGACAGUAAUAGGGAAGGAGAGGAUAGUGUACAGUACAGAGAGAGAUAUGAUUGGACAAGACUAUGAGGCAGAGGAAUGGGACAGAAGAUUCCGAGAAUUGGACAAAUCAGAUUGACAAAUGUAGAAAAAUCUGUUUUGGAUUUGAUUCCAGGGACAUGUGACAGCAACUCACACACUCCACCCGCAAGCACAGAGCUGUCUCUCCUAUAGCUUACUUAGGCAAUCAUCAAGUUGCUGUGCGGUGAGACAAAAGGCAUGGGGUACAUAACUAUAUAGAGAUUCUUCAUCUCUUUGAGAAAGAGAAUCAAAUGGUUUUCAUAGGUAUCUUAGGUUGAAGACCAUAUCGGUGAUGCUUCAGAGCUCGUUUCUAACACAAGUGACAUAACCAUACCAGCAAGCUUGGUCUUUGUUUAUAUAAUCAUUAUUCAAGAGUAGAUUGCUUGUUGCUGACAGUUUCCAACGAUAGGUUAUUAUAUGUAGAGUGAUGUGUGUAUACAAAAGUCCAUUUCUGACUUCAUCAUGAUACACUUUUUGUAUUUUA